CAGCGCGCCCGCAGCCCGUCGCCUCCCGGCUCUCCCAUGAUCGUCCAGUGCCUUUUGGCUGUGCGAGGCCUCCACAGAGUUGGUGGUUCCAGAAUUUUAUUCAGAAUGACUUUAGGAAGAGAAGAGAUGUCUCCCCUUCAGGCAAUGUCUUCCUAUAUGGCAGCUGGUAGGAAUGUUUUAAGAUGGGAUCUUUCACCAGAGCAAAUCAAAACAAGAACUGAGGAGCUCAUCUCGCAGACCAAACAGGUGUACGAUGCUAUUGGAAUGCUUGACAUUAAGGAGGUAACUUACGAGAACUGUUUGCAGGCACUGGCAGACGUAGAAGUGAAAUAUAUAGUGGAACGAACCAUGCUAGAUUUUCCCCAACACAUCUCCUCUGACAAAGAAGUACGAGCUGCAAGUACAGAAGCAGACAAAAGACUGUCUCGUUUUGAUAUUGAGAUGAGCAUGAGACAAGAUAUCUUUCUGAGAAUUGUUCAUUUAAAGGAAACCUGUGAUCUGGAAAAGAUAAAGCCUGAAGCCAGACGAUACUUGGAAAAAUCCGUUAAAAUGGGCAAAAGGAAUGGGCUCCAUCUUCCAGAACAAGUACAAAAUGAAAUUAAAGCAAUGAAGAAGAGAAUGAGUGAGCUAUGUAUUGACUUUAACAAAAACCUCAACGAGGAUGAUACCUUCCUUGUAUUUUCCAAGGCUGAACUUGGUGGUCUUCCUGAUGAUUUCGUUAACAGUUUAGAAAAGACAGAUGGUGACAAGUAUAAAAUUACUUUAAAAUAUCCACACUAUUUUCCUGUCAUGAAGAAAUGUUGUGUACCUGAAACCAGAAGGAAGAUGGAAAUGGCUUUUAAUACAAGAUGCAAAGAGGAGAACACUGCCAUCCUGCAGCAGCUACUCCCACUGCGGGCCGAAGUAGCCAAACUGCUUGGCUAUAGCACACACGCUGACUUUGUCCUUGAGAUGAAUACUGCCAAGAGUACAAGGCAUGUAACAGCCUUUCUCGAUGAUUUAAGCCAGAAAUUAAAACCCUUGGGUGAAGCAGAACGAGAGUUCAUUUUGAACUUGAAGAAAAAGGAAUGUGAAGAGAGAGGUUUUGAAUACGAUGGGAAGAUCAAUGCCUGGGAUCUCCACUACUACAUGACUCAGACAGAAGAACUCAAGUACUCUGUAGACCAGGAGACCCUCAAGGAAUACUUCCCAAUUGAAGUGGUUACUGAAGGCUUACUGAACAUCUACCAGGAGUUGCUGGGACUUUCAUUUGAGCAAGUGACAGAUGCUCACGUUUGGAAUAAAAGUGUUACACUUUACACUGUGAAGGAUAAAGCUACAGGAGAAGUAUUAGGACAGUUCUACUUGGACCUCUAUCCAAGGGAAGGGAAGUACAACCACGCAGCCUGCUUUGGUCUCCAGCCUGGAUGCCUCCUGCCUGACGGGAGCCGCAUGAUGUCUGUGGCCGCCCUCGUGGUGAACUUCUCACAGCCACUAGCAGGUCGUCCCUCUCUCCUGAGACACGAUGAGGUGAGGACUUACUUCCAUGAAUUCGGUCACGUCAUGCAUCAGAUUUGUGCACAGACCGACUUUGCACGAUUUAGUGGAACAAACGUGGAAACUGACUUCGUAGAGGUGCCAUCACAAAUGCUUGAAAACUGGGUGUGGGACGCGGAUUCCCUCCGAAGACUGUCUAAGCAUUAUAAACACGGAAGCCCUAUUACAGAUGAUCUGCUUGAAAAGCUUGUUGCUUCUAGACUGGUCAACACAGGUCUCCUGACCUUACGCCAGAUUGUUUUGAGCAAAGUUGAUCAGUCUCUCCACACCAACACCGCGCUGGAUGCUGCAAGUGAAUAUGCCAAAUACUGCACAGAAAUUUUAGGUGUUGCAGCUACUCCAGGCACAAACAUGCCAGCAACUUUUGGACAUUUGGCUGGGGGGUAUGAUGGCCAAUAUUAUGGAUAUCUUUGGAGUGAAGUGUUUUCCAUGGACAUGUUUUACAGCUGUUUUAAAAAAGAAGGGAUAAUGAAUCCUGAGGUUGGAAUGAAAUACAGAAAGCUGAUCCUGAAACCUGGGGGAUCUCUGGACGGCAUGGACAUGCUCCAAAAUUUCUUGACACGUGAGCCAAACCAAAAAGCGUUUCUAAUGAGCCGAGGCCUGCCUGCUCCGUGAACUGGGGCUCUUUGGGAUCCGUCCAUGUUUGGAGGACAAGCCAACAUCACCACGUGUU